GGAAGGGCUUAGAAGAGAUUAGUGCUUUGGUUAACAGUAGAAAUUUUCCCUCGUAAGACCGAAUUAAUUAACAAGCCACCAUAGUCAAAGAGUCUCUUUUGGGGGAGCCCAGGAAGUUAAUUCCCAAUAAGGAUAUCCCCAUAGCCAAUCUAUUAACUAUGAAAGGUACCCCAAUAGGAAAAGCACCAAUGAGAAAGGGCGAAUCACCCACCAAAGCUGUGGAAGUAGGGAUUCAAGCGAAGAAUAGCCCUAGUCUGAUAGCGGAGUCUUCUAUCUAUGACGUAUAACCUAAGUGUGGGGAUCUGAAGGACACUUUGAUAGUCAACUACAAAAGGCCGGCUUCAGUCCAUAUGAAAAGAAAAAGCAAAGGGUGGCAGCUCUCUUUAAUAGGUCUAUCGAGCCUGAGUUUGGGCUGUAAUGAGAAGGGGGUGUACAAGGCUGGGCAUCCGAUCUUUAUUGUUCAAUGUAAGUUCCUUGAAUGCUCUUUCUUAAGCAAGCUGAACCUUCAUUCCCUUGGGUUAGGAUUAAGGUUGGGGUGGUCUUCCUUCUACCUAUCGAAAAAGGAAAGGUAAGCGCAAGAUAGUGAAGAAAUAAUCUGAUUCCCCCACCAAUGGUUACGGUAAUCCAAGUCUUGUUUAGCCGUUUUACCCGUUUGAUAAGUAGAUCCCCGGUGGUUGUAAGGUAAGGGUUGUCCAAAAUCAUUGAAGCAACUGGCCGAGCCUUGCCACGGCGACUAGCAGCUGGGCCGGUCGAGAAGUAGUUGGAUAGGCCGAGCCACCUAUCUACCCCAUCCCUUUCAAUUCGUUUAUCUGUUCUCUUUCUCGCCUCCGAAACAAUCAAUCAUAAAGUCAUGAAAUGUUAACUUAUUACCUGUUUUCCUUUCUUUAUGACCAGCAAAACUCACUCGCGGGAACGGGAGCUGGGUUGGCUCCGUACCGGCUGAGGGCAUUAGCACUCGACUGAUAGGGACAGCUCAAUCCGAGCUAAUCUCUCCGAGGCCAUCAAUGUAUCUCUUGUCUCGGAUUCAGUCUGAUUCCCGGCUUCUAGGCUUUCCACCCGGUUGAGAGAUGCGAUGAGCCAAGCGCGUGCAGUUAGGGAAGUUCCUUCCGUGUCUAUUCGAUAACCGGCUACGUCAAUCGAACUACUCAAUUCCUUUGGACCGACUACUGACUGAGCAAGGGAUGAGAUCAUUCUUUACUCGCUUUCUUCGGUUCAAUAGCCACCACUAGUCACAGUUGGGGGGCAUGGGAUUGACCCAUUGAUGGGAACAACGGAGAAAGGAAUAGGUGAGCUUGCAGAAAUUGAAGUGCCAGGAUCAGACGAGAGAUUGGGAACGGGACCUGCAGGGGGAUAGCUUUUAUCGAGGAGCAGACUUAUACACCUUGGACUUCUUGGAUAGCCAGGUGAACAUCUACGACGGUGGAUAGGAAAAUGUUGGAGUAUCGGGGAAAGAAGCGUGAAGAGCCCCUACCUAAGCUAUAGCAAUAGCGCGAAGGAAUGGAUUAGGGCGUCAGGCGGGGUAGGUUAAAUGUGGGAUAAGAAGAGCUUUUCAGGCUGAAGAAGCCUAUUUCCUGUCAAGGAAAAGGGGGGUGUUCUUUCUUUUCCAGAGGGGAUGAAGCUGAGCUGGAAUUCAUGAUUCUCAUAAGAAGGGAUCAUAAAGAAAGGCCAGGAUUUUUGCUUAAAGCCGAUUUCCAACCUAUGACUGAGAAAACUAGAUGAAUCAAGGUUCGAGGACUGACCGGGCGAUGAAGUCAGCCCAGCCUUUCAGGUUUAAGGAUAUUGGAGGAAAGUACUUACUAAUUUAUGCCUGGCCGCCAGAAAAGCCUACUGGUCUUUCGAUCCAGAACAACUAGGAGUCGAGUUGCCCUUUUCUCUCAAAGUCUUUUCCUUGGCACUGAAUUCUAUCAACCCGGCUUUCAGAUUACUGCUAAGAACAGGCUUAAGCUCUUAUGCUGUAGCUAAGCAAUAAGAAGAUUCAUCUGCUUAACACAUGCAUAUCGGACAAACACGACUGUCUAUCUGUUUAACACAUGCGUAUUGGACGAUCGCUAGCUAUGAUCUAAUCAUACGAAAAGACCGGUCUUGGUCUUGACCGGAUUCUAAGGAUUGAUUAUUAUAGGCAGCGAGGAAGCACCGGGAAGACAAUCAGAAUCAAAUAUGCCCGGUAUGAGAAUGAAAUUGAAGAGCCAGGCAUAGGCAUAUCUUAAUAGGUAGUGAAUAAAUUCCAUUUAAGAAAUGAAACGAGACAUCACCAUGCAUACAAUAGCUACGAGCUAACGUAAGCGCUGUUGCACGAGUACUGUAUCACGAGUACACUAACAAGAGAGGAACGAUGAGCGGAAAUCAGUAGUCAUUCUGCUACUUAUCAUUGGAGAAGAUAUUGCGUAUAAAUAAAGAGAGAGAUAGUCAGUCUCUUGACUCUUGAGCGGCUGAGAAUCUUAUGUCAAAAGGACCAACGACGAGCUAGGAUAAGAGAAGGAGGAGGAGUAGGAGCUAGGUUCAGUGAGAACUUUGUAGAAAGAAACGAAACUAUGGUACCUUUUUUGGAAUGAGGCUGUAACCCCUUUUUUAAGGGAGGUUACAGAGGCGCUUCCUCAGGUGCCCGAUGUACAAGCUACACUCUCUCAAGAGGCGCUGUCGCAUCCACCAAUCCCUGCUCCGGAAAGAAUAGAAAUAUCAUCCCCGGCAAUAAGUCAAACUGACCUCUGGGAUUUGGUAAAUGAGCAGCCCGGGGUGGGGGCAGCUCAGGAAGCUCAAGAGACGAUGCCGUAGGUUUCCGAUCAACAGGAAGCUGAAGAGGCUUCCCACCACUACGUAGAAAGGGAACGGCGGACUGGUGGAGAGAGCUUCAUCAAAUCUAUUUGCGGCUCCUCCGCGAGUACAGGGGAAAGGACGCCCUGCCUAAUGAGAAUUUCUUUUUCGAGAAAGCUCAAUCCAUCUUUGAUAGGAAAGGACAAAUACUCUUAAAGAUGGAGGAGCUUGAACCGGGUAGGGGCUGGCUUCUCAACGGGGCCCAAUUUCUCAAGACACAAAAGGGCCGAGACUAUUCUGUGAGUAAUCUCACUAAAAUCGUAGAAAGUCUUGAGCGCGAUGGUCACCCCCUUCUUUGCCCAUUUUUCUCUUUCGAAAAGAAACCACCGCCCUUGAUCGGAUCUAUCAGUAGCGGCAUUCUCCCUUGACUCUAUCUUUAAUUGAAUUAUGGAACUCUCUCCCAGAGCUGUAAAACUAACAACUCUAUUAGAAAGUAGAAUUAGCAACUUUUACACGAAUUUUCAAAUGGAUGAGAUCGGCCGAGUGGUCUCAGUUGGAGAUGGUCUUGCACGUGUUUAUGGAUUGAACGAGAUUCAAGUUGGGGAAAUGGUUGAAUUUGCCAGCGGUGUGAAAGGAAUAUCCUUAAAUCUUGAGAAUGAGAAUGUAGGGAUUGUUGUCUUUGGUAGUGAUACUGCUAUUAAAGAAGGAGAUCUUUUCGAACGCACUGGAUCUGUUGUGGAUGUUCCUGCGGGAAAGGCUAUGCUAGGGCGUGUGGUCGACGUGUUGGGAGUACCUAUUGAUGGAAGAGGGUCUCUAAGCGCUCACGAACGAAGACGUGUCAAAGUGAAAGCCCUUGGGAUUAUUGAACGUAAAUCUGUGCACGAGCUUAUGCAAACAAGGUUAAAAGCGGUAGAUAGCCUGGUUCCUAUAGGUCGUGGUCAACGAGAACUUAUAAUCGGGGACCGACAAACUGGAAAAACAGCUAUUGCUAUCGAUACCAUAUUAAACCAAAAGCAAUUGAACUCAAAGGCAACCUCUGAGAGUGAGACAUUGUAUUGUGUCUAUGUAGCGAUUGGACAGAAACGCUCAACUGUGGCACAAUUAGUGAAAAUUCUUUCAGAAGCGAAUGCUAAAGCAAUAGCUAAACUAAUCAAUCUCAUAACCGCUUCUUAUUAUCAAAAACUCCUAAUCAUUAUUACAUUUUUCAGUGUCUUUUAUUGGAUUUGUAUGAGACUCGGCUCCCUUGACCUUUUUCAGGCCCUACUUUCAAGGGUUGUGGUGCUUAUGGGGACUAGAGCCCUCUCUUUCCUUCUAAUCAAGCUGAGCUGCUCCGUGGGGCUUGCCUUAACCAUUGGACUUGUUUUCAAGGCCUUCCUCACAGCGGAGGCCACACCCUUUAUUACAUAUAUGGCUCCUUCGGGCUCCACGCCAGUGACUUCGGGUGUCCUUUCACAAAGUAACCUUGUUCUGGAGGGGCGCCCUGUUCUGGAGGGGAUACCUGUUCCGGAGGAACAUACGUGGGAAGCCGUGGCCUCCCCUUUCUACUGUUCCAGCGUUGUGCACAUCCCUGGAGAAAUUCAGGACCCACUGACCCUAUACAAAUUAUCCAAAUUGAAUGGGUUUUUGAUGUUUUUACAACAGGAUAUUUUCAGAGUCAUUGAGCCGGGCUAUACUAAAGCCAUCCAACAAGAAUUGGACCAAACUGCCACGGGCUCACUCCCGGCUAAGCUAGACUCUAUCAUUAGGAGAGAGCGCGCACGGUUUCAAAUCCAAGAGCAAGGCGGCGGAGGAAGUUCGGCUGGGUCUUAGUCAGUUGGGGAUGGGCUCCGAACUAUGAGAGUUUGCUUUUGUUUUAUCUUUCUAAAAGCGGUCUGAUCAAAUGAGGGAUUAGACCACUCCUGGUGUUCGAACUAGUCAUUAAUGGUCGGCUUAAUUAGUACCCUUUCGGUAUGUGUAGUGAACACUUUCAUUUUUAGCCUCUCAUCUUCUCUAGAGAAGCAAAACUCGAACGGAUAGAACAGAUGGUCCAACUACAUAACUUUUUUUUUUUAAUUACUUCCAUGGUCGUGCCUCGUGGCACGGCAGCACCCGUACUAUUGAAAUGGUUCGUCAGUAGAGAUGUUCCCACAGGUGCCCCUUUUUCCAAUGGUACUAUAAUUCCUAUUCCUAUCCCUUCAUUCCCUCUUUUGGUCUAUCUACAUUCCAGGAAAUUCAUACGCUCCACAGACAGAGCAAAAAGUGGAGUCUUGGUUAGAGCAA